AUGAAGUAUUGGCAGGAGACGUUAAGCAAUUCUUUCUUUUUCUUUCUUUUCUUUCUUUCUUUCUUUCUUUCUUUCUUUCUUUCUGAGACGUUAAAUACUUCUUUCUUUCUUUCUUUCUUUCUUUCUUUCUUUCUUUCUUUCUUUCUUUCUUUUCACACCGAAACCAAAAAUAUGAAAAACUGUGUGACUACUAAAAACAUAGCCCGACCUGUCAUCUACUUGUUAUCCCUCGGUCCCUGUAUUUUUCUCUGUCUUUCUGUCUUUCUUUCUUUCUUUCUUUCUUUCUUUCUUUCUAGCUAUCUAUCUCAAUCGAUCACUGGGUGCCUCAAGCCAACCAAAAUAGAUGACCUUUCCUAUCUCUCUCUGUCUCUCUCUAUAUAUAUAUCUUUCUCUCUCUCUUUCUCUCUCUCUUUCUCUCUCUCUUUCUCUAUCUAUCUCACUCACCUCAUAUCAAUCACUAGGAAUCACAAGCCAACCAAAAGAGAUGACCUUUUCUCUCUCUCUCUCUCUCUCUCAAACUCUCUCUUUAUCUAUCUAUCUGUCACUCUAUCUGUCUAUCUAUCUCAGUCACAUCAUCCAACCAAAAUACAUGACCUUUCCUCUCUCUCUCUCUCUCUAUCUAUCUAUCUAUCUACCUAUCUCUCGAUCACUGGGUGCCUCAAGCCAACUAAAGUCGAUGACCUUUCCUAUCUCUCUCUCUCUAUCUCUCCCUCUCUCAUUCUCUCUCUCUUUCUCUCUCUCUCUUUCUUUAUCUCUUUCUCUCUAUCUCAGUCACCUCAUAUCGAUGACUUGUUCCUCAAGCCAAACAAAAUAGAUGACCUUUCCUAUCUCUCUCUCUCUCGUUCUCUCUUUCUCCCUCUCUCUAUCUAUCUCACCAACAAAAUAGAUGACCUUUCCUAUCUUUCUUUCUCCCAAUCUCUCUCUCUCCCCCUCUCUCUCUCUCUCUAUCUAUCUAUCUAUCUAUCUAUCUAUCUAUCUCGGUCACCUCAUGUCGACGAAAAAAAUUGA